AUGCAUAAUAGAGAAAAAUACAAAAACAGAGAGGAAAAGGAAUAUUAUUCAAGAUAUCAAAUGGACUGUAAAAAAUCGGGUUUAAUAUCAAAACUAAGUCUUUGUUCACCGCAUACGCAUCAAAGCGUUCUUCAAGAACCUAUUUGUCCUGGAGUUGUUGGUGGUAAAUUAGAUUUUCCAAGGUUUGCAUCUUUCGCAGCUAUUAAAAUGGUGUUAUGGUGGGAAGAUGAAUAUUAUGCCUCAUAUCGAAAAUAUUCCGGUCUUUUGCAUACAGAAAAAGAACUUGAUAACCAUGACCCUACCUCCGUGACCGUUAAGAAUUCAGAUCCAGAAAAAUUUGUGAGCUUGGUAACAAAAUCUGCUGAUUUACUGUUGGAACAUUUACAUGUCCUAUCACAAGAAUCAUUGGAUCAUGCUGAUUUAUCAGUAUUAACAGCUACGAUUGGUGCAUCGGCAUUAAUUAGAAAUUGUUUGGACAUAUAUUUGCAAGUAUCUACAACUAAAUAUUGUCCACCAAAGGGAGAUGAGAAAGGUGGUGCAUUAAAGCUGACAUUAAAGCAAUACUCGCAAAUGUCAGAAGCACUCGCAGAACGCUUAUUGGAUUUACACUGCCGCCUCUUGUUGCUUUAUAUUGUGCAAGAUGCAGAUUGUUUAAACUGGGAGGACACGGAACCAUUUUUCGAAUCGGAACGUGGCUCUUAUACGGUGCAAAUGUGGUGGCAUUAUAUGCGGGGCACAAAUGAUGAUUUAUGGAAUUCCGUGCCACCAAAAAUGGCGCAACGCAUAUUUGCGGGCAUGCUGAAUGAAACUUUAAGUAUCCUCACUAUAAGGUAUUCGCAAAUUGUGACCAGUAAUGCCAGAGCGCAAUUGCAUUUGGUAGACAUAACAAAUUUAUUGUUUUGUGUUGCUGAAUUAUUACCGCAUAUAUGUGAAAGUGGUGAGGCUUAUGUGGGACUUCAGUUAACAAACCAAAGUGUCAUCAUCCGUGAUAUACAUGCGAAAUGUAGAGAACUUUUUUACUGCCUGCUUCUACGCGGUGCGCCACUUGGAGUGCUCUCAAAGGUUUUCCGUAAGGGUCUAGAAAAUAUGGAAAUGUUUUCUUCACGGCAAGGUUUACCAAGUGCUUGGAUAAUCUUUGCUUUACCACGAUUUUUUCCGAAAGAUCAAUCAUGUCAAUGGGUAUCAGACUUUUCGGACUUAAAUACCAAUACCGCAAUUUCUCUGGAAUUAAAAGUGCUACUUUCUUUUCCUGAAGCAGAUUGGUCAUUUUUAGUAAAGGUUUUAUUAAUGCGGGAUGCAAAUUUAUCAGGAAUUAUUUUACGGCAUUUAUUAAAAUAUCUGCCAGCAUCAGAAAAUUUUAAAAAUGUAGCUAAACAUUCUUUUACUGAGCAUGGAAGUGAACCGCAAAAAUGUAAGGCAUUUUUAUGCCGUAGUGAAUGUUUUAAUGUAUCUGAUCUGAUUGCUGAUGAUUUGGAUCCAGUCGGUCAAUCGAACUAUCAAAUUGUUUUAUCGUUAACAUAUAUAUUGAUCGCAGUGGGUAAGGCUCUUGAUAUAAAAGCUUGUCUAGUUAAGGUAUUGGAAGAAAUUGCUUCAAGUGGUUGGAGUGACUGCUUAGAUAAACGUCAAGUUUGGAAUCAAAAGCGUCCACCUUGGUUAGAAGCUAUUAUGCAUUUUGUAUAUCCGGUAUUGGACUGUGUAGUUGAUAUGUUAAUUAAUGCCGUUGAAGCAGGUGCAAGCAUGUAUCAGGCAAUGUCUUUAGCACUUACUUGUGUUUCCGAAAUGUGGGACUGUAUACCAGAGGGUCUUUACAAAAUCACAUCAUUAUUACAAGAUAUAAUACCAGUUUCUACAAAACCACUAGGUGAUUCUGUGUUGUUACAAUCAGUAUUUGCUGCUUUGUAUACAGAGCUUAUUAAAUCUGCAGAAUCAUAUGAAAAGGAGAAAAACGAUGCAAAAUCAUCGAUUUGUUACUCACUUUCUGAAGCUAUUUGUUCUGUAGAUGAAGAUGAUAAGCAUACAGAUCAGAUUGAUUUGUUUUUAAAGCAAGCUAGUGAAAGUAUUACACUGGAUACAGAUUAUGGAUUUGGUGCUUGUGGUCGUAGUGCAGGCGGUUUAAGUGCUGUUAGUACGAUAAAAAUUGAUGAUUUAGGUACUGCAGAUUCAGAUCGUCUUAGCCAUAGUCCACCUGCAAAUUAUGCUAUGGAACUUGAUGUUGGUACAGCCGACUAUAUAGCUGAACUGUUGGCUAGCGAUGUGUUAACAACGGAUAUCGGUAAACAAGCUUUAAAGGUUUGUUAUAAUUAUUUAAAAAAUAAUAAAGAAUGGCUUAUGGAACAAUUGGGCACAAGUGAAAAUGAUCCCAGUCCAUUUCAAGGCAUACAGGGACAAAAUAUAAAAGAAACUAAACAAUCUGUACUAAAAACUAUGUUCUUUAUAGGAAACACACCUUUUGAUCAGCUUUUAACAGGAUCUCUAAAAAUCGAUUAUGUGACAUGGUUACAAACUCCAUUAUCAUUGAAUCCUGAACGAACUUGGCUGCAUUUGGCUAGACGUUGUGAUUUUCAAGAGGAUGCCAAACUUUCAAUGCCGGAAGUGGCCAUGGUGGCAGGAAUUACGAAAAUUAUGAAGCGAAGAAAAGAAUUUUGUAAAUAA